AAACGCUUCACAAGUGUGUUGGAGAGAGAGAGAGAGCAGCAGACGGAGUGUGAGCAGUGAAGAGACGAGUCUCAUCGAUACAGCUGUUCUCUGACAGUCAUAUAGACUUAUUCUUCAUCAUCAUCUUCAUCUUCAUCUUCACCCAUGUCGGUUCUUCCUCUGCGGGUGAAAAUGUUGCAGCAGGUCUGGAGGUUGAAGGGCAUCGUCGUCCUCGUGUGCAGCCCGUUCCUCCUGCUGCCGCUCGCUGUCAGCACCACGGAGGCAGCCUGUGCUUACGUCAUAGUCCUCAUGGCGGUGUACUGGUGUACUGAGGUGCUGCCGCUGGCGGUGACGGCGCUGCUGCCGACCAUCCUUUUCCCCGUCCUCGGCAUCAUGGAGUCCAAAGACGUGUGUAUGCAGUACCUGAAGGACACUAACAUGCUGUUUGUGGGGGGGCUGAUGGUGGCCGUGGCCGUGGAGCACUGGAACCUCCAUAAACGCAUCGCCCUCAGAGUGCUGCUGCUGGUCGGCGUGCGACCCGCCCUGUUGAUGCUGGGGUUCAUGGGAGUGACGGCCUUCCUGUCCAUGUGGAUCAGCAACACGGCCACCACCGCCAUGAUGGUCCCCAUCGUCCAGGCCGUCCUGGACCAGCUCCAUAGCAACGUGGACUCUGAACCCUCGACCAAGAGCCAGAGCAGGACUGUGGUUCUGCACCAGGAGCACCAGGAGAAAACCAUCAGCGUCCUGCAGACCGCCGCUCUGAGCGUCCCGGACAAAGGUGCGACCGGGUCGAUCCAGGCACGAGGCGACUCAGAGAAAACCAGCGACCUGCAGGACACCAACGUGUCCCCUGAGCAGACAGUGAUGUCAGAGGGUCACAUGGACAAGCAGGAGAUCGUCAAACCAACACCACAAGACAAACCUCCUUCAGAUGGGACCAGUGCUGGACCUGUGGUUGUGUCCGUGGAGAACGUCUGCUGUCAGAUGGAGCUGGAGGAGCUGAGCGACGAGGAGGAGGAGAGGAGGAGGAUGAGUAAAGGCCUCCUGCUGUGUGUGUGCUACGCUGCCAGCAUUGGAGGCAUCGCCACUCUGACGGGAACCGGACCGAACCUGGUCCUGAUCGGACAGAUGAGCCAACUCUUCCCUCAGAAUGGGGACGUCAUCAACUUCGCGUCCUGGUUUGCGUUUGCCUUCCCCACCAUGGUGCUGAUGCUGACGUUCGCCUGGUUCUGGCUUCAGUUCCUCUACGUCGGCUGCAACCUGCGGAGGACGUGGGGCUGCGGGGCCAUCCAAUCAGAGAAGGAGCGAGCGGCGUACGAGGUGAUCCGGGACGAGCAUCGUCGUCUGGGACCCAUGAGUUACGGGGAGGUCAGCGUCCUGGCGCUCUUCGUCCUCAUGGUGGCGUUGUGGUUCACCAGAGACCCCCGCUUCAUGGACGGCUGGGCCACGCACGUCUUCAACGCCAAGGCCGAGUUCGUCACUGAUGCGACCGUCUCUCUGUUUGUUGCCGUUCUGUUGUUCGUUCUUCCCUCUGAGCCGCCGCUGUACCUCUGCUGCUGGAGGAGCUCUGACACAGACUCCCAGUUGUCACGAGGCCCCGCCCCUCCCCUGCUCACCUGGCAGGUGACUCAGAAGAAGAUGCCGUGGAACAUCGUCCUGCUGCUGGGAGGAGGCUUCGCUCUGGCCAAGGGCAGCGAGGAGUCCGGUCUGUCCCGCUGGCUCGGCACUCAGAUGACACCGCUCCACUCCAUCCCUCCCUGGGCCAUCGCCGUCGUCCUCUGCCUUCUUGUCGCCACCUUCACCGAGUGUGCCAGCAACGUCGCCACGGCAACACUCUUCCUGCCCAUCCUGGCCUCCAUGUCUCAGUCGAUGAGCUUGAAUCCUCUGUACGUGAUGAUCCCCUGCACCCUCAGCGCCUCCUUCGCCUUCAUGCUGCCAGUGGCCACGCCCCCCAACGCCAUCGUCUUCUCCUACGGUUUCCUCAAAGUGUCAGACAUGGCUAAAACAGGCGUGGUGAUGAACAUCAUCGGGAUCGGCUGCAUCAGUCUGGCCAUCAACAGUUGGGGUCGUGUCAUGUUUUCUCUGGACUCAUUCCCUGAGUGGGCCAACACCACCGCGCCGGUGUAGGGCCGCCUCUGUUUCCUACCGCCUCCUGGACUCUGGAUGGUUUUUAUAUUCACACUGCAGCUUGUGACGGUUCUGAAGCGGCGUCUGGACCUCACCACUGAUCAAGAGCGUUUUUCCCAAAAGUUUCAACUCUAGCUGCAGAUAGAAGUUCACCGUAGAUUCUUAACAGUAUUAAAAUAAUCAUUAAAUUACUUUGCCAUUUCUUUUAUCACUGUCAGGAAAAGUCAAGUUAACUCCACUCAGCUCUUAAUGCAGGAAUUAGAGGAACUGUGUCCUUUGAGCCACAGGAAAGCUUUUAAUUUGAAACUAUGGAAGAUUUACAAUUAUGUAAUUUGUUGUUUUUGUUUUUUUGCAAUUUCCAUUUCUAUAAUGUUAAUUCUAGCAGUUGUAUCUUUAAUUUGUCCAAUUUAAAGUUGAAUUUAUAGAUUUUUUGUUUGUUUAUUUAUUUAUUUUUUAUUUUUUGGCCACACUCAUAUUAUCACAUUAUAAAGUAGUGUGGCUAACAUGUUAGCAAAAGCUGCUAAUGUUCAUAUUUCCUAAGAUAAGAACAGAAAAUGGAUGGUUUUCAUUCACUGAUUAAUUCCCAUCACUCAUACUUUUCAAGUUAAAAGCCUCCCAGAUGUUCUAAGGACCUGAUCCUCCCAUUCACAGAGGUUUUAAAAUUUGAAAGAUCUGCAGGAAGUGUUGGGUCUCGCUGAGAGCAGCUUCAUAAUAAUAAAAAAACAGCAAAGUAGAAAUUAAUUUAAAUAAUAAGUGACUAUAAAUAAUAAGUGGUUCUCUUCAGCUGAGGAAAAUAAAAUCUUAUGUUGUAGAAUUUACUGUUAGCUUAAACCUCAAAAAGGUAUAACUGACAAAACAGUUCUUCUUCAGUGGUGUUUUUAUUUACGGUUGUUGCUUGGGAAACUGACUCUAGAUCAGUGAGCAGACUCCAGCUGGACUUCACUAAUCAGGGAACUUUUCUGUCCCGACUCUCAUCCCUGCGAAUUGGAAUUAUUUUAAGUGAUUAGAAAAUACAGUAGAUACUGUUUGUUUUUUAUUGUUUUCUAUUUAAACAUAUGAGUUUUAUUUAGUAACAUAGUUUUAUGAGGGUGACACAUGUACUGUACAUACGUAAUAGCAGAGUUUUGUAUCGUCUUAUUGCUAACAGUUUUAUUAAAGUUGAUCUUUAAAGAAACGUGAGUCAACAAUCCUUUGAUUAUAUGAGUGAAGAGUAUAGCUAAUGAGAGACUUUUAUUUUGAAUAUCAAACCCAGAUAAACAAAAUAUAACCAUUAAAUGUAAAAAAUAUGUCAUUUUACUGUGAUAUAUAACUAU